GACCCUGCCCUUCUUCCCUGCUGCCGCCGCCGCCGGUCGCCAGAGCCAGUAAACCGGUGACUUGCAAGUCCCAACCGCCUCAGCCCCCUCUCCCAAAACCCUACCGCCCCGUGCCCCACUCGCCGCCGCAGCAAUACAGGAGCCUCCCGGGCGGACGCCAUGUCGUCGCGGUUGUGCGUUAAGAACUUGCCCAAGGGCGCCGACGAGAAGCGGCUGCGGGAGGUGUUCUCGCGCAAGGGCGAGGUGACCGACGCCAAGGUCAUCCGGACCAAGGAUGGAAAGAGCAGGCAUUUUGCAUUUAUUGGCUUCAGAACCAAUGAAGAUGCAGUGGAGGCCCUCAAGUAUUUCAACAAUACAUACAUUGACACUUCUAAGAUCACCUGUGAGGUUGCUCGUAAGAUUGGUGAUCCAGAUGCUCCUCGCCCUUGGAGCCGCCACUCUUUAAAAAAGCCUGAAUAUAAUAGUGAAGAUAAGGCUAACACUAGUGAUGUUAAUGCGCUGAAAAGUUCCAAAGGUCAAGGAAUAUCUAUUGAUGUCGGAGGUUCUAAAGACAGUGUAGUUAAUGAUCCCAAGUUAAAAGAGUUUCUUGAGGUUAUGCAGCCCCGUUCUAAAGCAAAGAUGUGGGCAAAUGAUACAACAGGUACCCUUGAUGCUCCUGUUACUGAGUCUAAGAAGACUCAGAAGAGUGCUGCUGCAGUUUCUGAAGGUGAUUCAUCUUCUGAAGAAGAUUUUGACGAGAAAAUGACAAAUGAUUCGCCUUUGGAAGAUGCUUCAGAGAAGCUACAAACUGAAAGUAAACGAGACAAAAAUAUGAAUAUGACAGAUGCAGAGUUCUUCAAGAGUAAAAUCAGAAAAAAUUGGUCAGAUUCUGAAUCUGAUGAUGAUGAUUCUGGUGAUCAGUUGGGCACCAACACUGAUGAUGAAGAUUCAUCUGAUGAAUCACUUGAUGCAAAUGAAAGGAAUCAGCUGGUGGAUCAGAAGAGUAAUUUGAACCAGAAAAAUCAUGUAGCAGAGAAGGCAACCAUGGAAGAGGUGGUUGAUCCUGACAACCAAGAAAGUGAACAUAUUGAAUGCGAACAAAGGGAUGAAAACCAUGCUAAUCAAGAAAAGGAAGAUGUGGAAUCUGCUUCAAUUACUGAUGAAAAGCAGUUGGCACUGGAGACCGGCCGUUUAUAUAUCUGCAACCUUCCAUAUGCAACUACUGAAGAUGAUUUGGUGGAGCUAUGCAGCCAGUAUGGCGAUGUAGAUCAGGCACAUAUUGUUGUCGAUAAGACCACUAAGCUCUCAACAGGCAGAGGUUAUGUGCUUUUUAGCCUUCCAGAUUCAGCAGUCAGGGCACUUGAUGAAUUGGACAACUUAAGUUUUCAGGGGCGACUGUUACGUGUUAAGGCUGCUAAACCACUAAAUAAUAACAAGUUCGAGUCUAGUCAUGUUAUUGACGAGAAAAUGAAUCUCAAGCAGCAAAAGUUGGAACAAAAGAAAGCUUCUGAAAUUGGUGGGGAUACAAGAGCAUGGAACAGCUUUUAUAUGCGUCAAGAUACUGUCGUUGAAAACAUAGCCAGGAAGAAUGGUAUAAGUAAGAGUGAGUUACUUCAUAGAGAAGCAGAUGACCUUGCUGUUCGUAUCGCUCUUGGUGAGACACAUGUCAUUGCGGAGACCAAGAAAUAUCUAUCUAGGUCUGGUGUUAAUGUCGCUGCCUUGGAAGAAAAUACUUCCAAGAAAAAUGAGAAGUUGAAAAGAAGCAAUCAUGUGAUAUUGGUAAAAAACUUGCCAUUUAAUUCGUCUGAGGAAGAUCUCGCUGCGAUGUUUCAGAAACAUGGAAGUUUGGAUAAAAUCAUUCUCCCGCCUACCAGAGUAUUUGCCUUGGUAGUCUUUGUUGAAGCAACGGAGGCUCGUCACGCUUUCAAAAAGUUGUUGUAUACACGAUACAAGGAUACUCCACUGUAUUUGGAAUGGGCACCUGACAACAUCUUAUCUCCUACCUCAAUACAUGUCGAAGAGGAGGAAACAAAUGUCAUAGGGGAGAGGAUUGUUGCAAAAGCUAUCGUAGACCAAACUGUGGAAGGAGUGGGUGCUGAAGAGAUCGAUCCUGAUAGGGUGGAGUCCCGAUCUCUAUUCGUCAAGAAUUUGAAUUUCAAGACAACAGAUGAAUCCUUGAAGCAGCAUUUCAGUACAAAAUUGAAGAUUGGGAGCCUUAAAAGUGCAACGGUGAAAAAACAUAUUAAGAAAGGCAAGAAUGUUUCAAUGGGAUUCGGCUUCGUGGAGUUUGAUUCGAUUGAAACUGCAACCAGUGUGUGCAAGGAUCUGCAGGGAACGUUAUUGGAUGGGCAUGCUCUGAUCUUGCAACUGUGCCAUGGGAAAAAGGAUAGUAAGACAGCAAAGAAAAAUGAGAAGGAUAAGAGUUCAACCAAACUGCUUGUGCGAAAUGUAGCAUUUGAAGCAACUGAAAAGGACUUGAGGCAACUAUUUAGUCCAUUUGGCCAGCUCAAAAGCCUCAGGCUGCCUAUGAAGUUUGGAAGUCACAGAGGUUUCGCGUUUGUUGAAUUUGUAACGAAGCAAGAGGCACAGAAUGCUCUGCAAGCACUUGCAAGCACACAUCUUUAUGGCCGACAUUUGGUGAUUGAACGAGCAAAAGAGGGAGAGACCCUUGAAGAAUUACGAGCAAGAACUGCCGCUCAGUUUGUCGAUGAACAGAGUGGUUUCCAGAGGAUGUCCAAGAAGAGGAAACAAACUAGUCUUUUGGACGAAGGUUCUGUUAAGUUUUCGAGGAUAGUAGAAUAAUAAUGUUCUGGAACUAUAACACGAAGUAACAAAAUUUUGACCGUGUUGUAUGAUAGUAGCACUCAUUCAAUGCAAGCCUUUUCUGUUUA